AUGCUCGUAAUUGGCGGUGUAUUGCUAAAGGAUGAUCUUAUCCGACUCAGCCAAGUUGUUCACGUUGUUAUUGGUACCCCUGGCCGCCUCGUAGACCUAAUUGAGAGAAACCUCCUGAAUGUGAAUUCGUGCAAGGUGGUUGUGCUUGACGAGGCUGAUAAACUUCUAUCCGAGGAGCUUAAAGGUGCAGUAGAGACUAUUCUGAAUAAAGUCAAGCCUGAGCGUCAGGUGAUGGUGUACUCCGCUACCUAUCCUCUCACCCUUCAAUCAUUUAUGAAAAGUCAUCUCAAAGAGCCCUAUCAGGUUAACCUCAUGGAAAGGUUGACUCUAAGGGGUCUUACAGAAUACUAUGCAUAUGUAGAAGAGAAACAUAAACUCCAGAUAUGUCAAUCCAUAAUAUUUUGCAGUUCCGCCCAAAGGGUUGAGCUCUUAGCAAAGAAAAUUACGCAACUUGGCUAUUCAUGCUAUUAUAUUCAUUCAAAGAUGAACCAACAAGAUCGCAAUCGCGUCUUCCAUGACUUUCGCAAUGGUGCUUGCCGUAAUUUAGUUUGCACAGAUCUCCUCACCCGUGGCAUUGACAUUCCAACAGUCAACGUAGUUAUUAAUUUUGAUUUUCCUAAAUACUCUGAGACUUAUCUUCAUCGCAUUGGGCGACAUGCUCUCAAAAAGAUUGAGAAUGAACUUAACACUGAGAUCCGACCAAUACCGCGAGAAAUAGAUAAACGCCUCUAUGUUGCAGAUAGCCAAAAUGAAAGUGAUUUUGAUUCAGUCACAAAGGAUUCUCUUAUUAAAGGCCUUGGUCUUCCACCUGAUGACACAAAAGGAGUUACGGCCAACGCA